GUACUUCGUCACCAGGAACUAUUCCACCCUCAUCGCCUUCGCAGUCGGCGGCCAGUUCCAGCCCGGGAAUGGGUUCAGCCUGCUGGGCGCCCACACCGACAGCCCCUGCCUCAGGGUGAAGCGGCGCUCUAAGCGGGGGCAGGUGGGCAUGGUGCAGGUUGGCGUGGAGACCUAUGGAGGGGGCAUCUGGAACACCUGGUUUGACCGUGACCUAACCGUGGCCGGGAGGGUGAUCAUAAAGGACCCGGCCACGGGGCGCCUGGAGCAGCGCCUGGUACGUGUGGAGCAGCCUGUCCUCCGCAUUCCCCACCUGGCUAUCCAUCUGCAGCGCAACAUCAAUGAGAACUUCGGGCCCAACACCGAGCACCACCUGGUUCCCAUUCUGGCCACUGCUGUGCAGGAGGAGCUGGAAAAGGAGGUGCUCAUGGAGGCUACCUCUUGCAGUACUGCAGCCCAGGCAGAGCGGCACAGCCCUGUCCUGCUUUCCCUGCUCUGCCCCCAGCUAGGGGUGAAACCAGAGCAGAUUGUGGAGCUGGAACUAUGCCUGGCGGACACACAGCCAGCGACGCUGGGCGGUGCCUUCGACGAGUUCAUCUUCUCCCCACGCCUGGACAACCUGCACAGCUGCUACUGCGCCCUGCAGGCCUUGAUUGACUCGUGUGCGGCACCCUCCUCCCUCUCCCAGGAGCCCAACGUGCGUCUCAUUGCACUCUACGACAACGAGGAGGUAGGGUCAGAGAGUGCACAGGGCGCGGAGUCUUUGCUGACGGAGCUGGUCCUGCGCCGGAUCUCGGCAUCGCCACAAAACUUGACAGCCUUCGAGGAGGCCGUGGCCAAGUCCUACAUGAUCAGCGCUGAUAUGGCCCACGCUGUGCACCCUAACUACGUAGACAAGCAUGAGGAGAAUCAUCGUCCAGCCUUCCACAAGGGCCCCGUCAUCAAAGUGAACAGCAACCAGCGCUACGCCUCCACAGCUGUCACCGAGGCAGUCAUCCGGGACAUCGCCGCCCGCGUGGGUGUCCCUCUGCAGGAGUUCAUGGUGCGCAACGACACGCCCUGCGGCACCACCAUCGGCCCCAUUCUGGCCUCCCGCCUGGGGCUGCGUGUGCUGGACAUCGGCUGCCCGCAGCUGGCCAUGCACUCCAUCCGGGAGAUGUGCUGUACCACGGGCGUGCUCCAGAGCAUCACCCUCUUCAAG